GGAGGACCAUUUUUAAUCAUAUUUGGCUAUUUAAACUUCCUUUUUUUAUAGAAUUAAUUUAUACCACACAGUUCUUUUGCUUUUGUAAACAGGUAAUGUAAUUCUGUUGCUCUGAUUGCAGAUUGGGUAGCAAAAACAACUUUGAAGGAUACUAUUCCUAGUUGCUGGGUUGCUACCCUCCGAUGUUAACCAAACUGUCUUUUUGAUAUUAAUACGACAUCCUUUUAAUUAAUCACUUUUUUUUUUCUGUUUUCAGGUGUUUUUUUUUUUUUUUUUUACUCUAUAAAGUCUUUAGCCAUAAAUAUAAUUCCAGUAACAAAAUAAGGGUAAUGCAUAACUGUGAAGUUCCCAGACAUGCAUUCUGAAUUCUCAUUUCUGCUUAAUUAGCUUGUUAUCUGUUAUCAAGAUGUGUUGGAGAAGUAUAAAUACAUGUUAAUUUACUGAAGGAAAAAUCUUGGCAGGGAUAUCGUUGAUGACAAGGCAGCCGAAAGAAAAUGGUCUGAUCUUCCCCUUGAUAUUUUACCAAUGAUUGCUGGUAGAUUAGGCAUAAUUGACCUCAUCAGUUUCCGCAGUGUUUGUAAGGAUUGGAAGUCUGCCUCGGCGACAGCUUCAGCUGAGAUAGAAUCCUCACCGUUAAGAGAACCUUGGUUUCUACUUUACGGUGGAGAAGCUUCCCAGUGCCUCCUGCUAAGCAGAACUGGCAAUAAAUACACCAUCAACAUUCCAGAAAUGAAUGGUGCCACUUGCAUAGCCUCAAAAAAAGGUUGGCUUCUUCUGCUCCGAGAAGAGGACUACUCCAUUUACUUCUUCUGUCCAUUUUCCCGUGCGAAAAUAGACCUUCCAAAGUUGCAGAACCUGGCAUCGGUUCCUAAUCACUUGGCUGCAUUUCCAUCAGCACCCACAUCCCAAGAUUGCUUUGUUUCCAUCGUAUGCAGGGAUGAAACAUCGUCACCAGAAAUGAUCCAACUGUAUGUUCUUCUCCGAGGAGACAAAGAAUGGACAAAGCAUACUUACUCCCACACGUCUGUAGGAGAACUUGACAAAAUCAAAUGUGUAGCUUAUUAUGACGAUGAGCUACACAUUAUGGACGCUCGCACACAAAUACUAAUCACCUAUUCCUUUAAGACUUCAAUGUGGAAAAAGCAUACGAUACUUCAUUACCCUGUCCCUCAUGCUCCAUUUCUGAAGUUUUGCAUGGCAAGCAGUUACUUCCAAGAAAGAGAUUUAAGAGAAAAGCUUGACUUAGAAGGAGAUGUUUCGGUUACCAUUUGUGGGUCGGCAUUUAAAAUAGGAACAAAAAAUCUAGAUAGGGUCAUUUUUAGUGAAAGCAUCGAUGCAACCGGAGGAUCUGUGACCCGUAGGGUUAAAGGUGUAUGGAUCCAUCCUCGAUUCUUUAUUCUUCCUCCAAACCAAAGCUGGUAGGUUUUAAAUAAUUUUGAUUCUUUUUUUAGUUCUUGGAUAUUCUUUCAGUGCAUGUCUUGGAUAAUUUUGGAGUUUCGAAUUUUAUAAAAUCUUUUGUUUGUUCAUUUUAAACUAUUUAAGGAACUCAAUACUUUCUUUAGUUAACAUCUCAUUAUUUCCAUGUAUCUGGCUAUUACUUUUUUUUUAUGAAUAUUUAUCUAAAGUUAAUUUAG